AUGCUCUCCAAGAGUACUACCACCUACGCGAUUGCGUUGGUGGCCGCAUCGCAAGUCAACGCGCACACCUGGGUCGAGCAACUGUUCCAUAUCGACUCUACCGGCGCCUUCACGGGAGAGCCGGGAUACCCCUUCGGCUUCGUGCCCAGAAACCAGAACGUUGUAGAUGACGUCCACCAGAACAAAAUCCUCGAUACCAGUACAAACCCUGUUGUUUGUAAGCCGAGAUCUUCAAGCAACUACGCCAAAUACCCUCCCCUGGAAGCCGCCGCUGGAGACUACAUUGCCAUGACCUAUGAGGAAAAUGGGCAUGUGUCGCAACCCAACCUAACUCCUCGACCGUACCGCGGAGGGAAUGUCUUCGUCUAUGGCAGUUUGAAACAUGAGGACUCGGAAGGCAUCAACGAUGUCCUUAACGCUUGGACAGUUGACGGCAAAGGCGGUAACGGCAAUGGUCGUCUUAUCGCCACGCACUACUUCGACGACGGUCAGUGCUACCAGAACAAUCCGGACAACGCAAUCGUGCAAUCCCGAAUGAAGGCCGUCAACGGGCCUGCCGAACUGCGGUGCCAAUCGGACUUGCAGCUUCCGGAGGACCUGCCCUCCGAGGGGAUCUACACCAUUUACUGGGUUUGGGACUGGCCAUUGAUCACUAGCGACACACAGAACACGACUGAGAUCUACACGUCAUGCGCCGAUAUCACGCUUGGUGGCGCCAAAGUCAGCAGCACCAAGUCUCAGAUGAAGUACGCCAAACCCGACAACGUCGCAGGCGCGGGUAUCUCAUCUCAGCUGAACAUCCUCGUCGAGGCGACUGCUCUGGGCAUUGGUACUUCCAGCCCAGCCGCACCGCCGAGCCCCACCGCUCAGCCAGACCAGACCACCGAUGCCCCCGAUGCCCCUUCCCCUUCCGAAUCCACGUCGACCAAGAACCACAAGGGUGGUGUCAAGACGGUCACUGUCACUGCUGACGCCGCCACUGUCACUCAAUGGACGACGGUGACCUUGGGCGCCGGGGACGGCACCGCUCAGCCUUCCGGACACACAACUGCUGCUUCGCAGUCGACUCAGCAGACCGAUGCUGCUCCGUCCGCUCCCACAAGCUUAGUGCCCGUGAGCCACGUCGAGGGCUUCCUGAAGGCUCGAACGACGGGUCAGGCCCGACGAGAAUCUUCGGUGGAAUAA